AUGGCUCCUUAUAUCAUUACCAACCAGGCAUACUGCAAGAUCUUCUUUCAUGCUGCCAAACACCCACACUUGCCUGUGAAUGGCGUCCUCCUCGGGCGAACUACGUCGGAUAAUGUCAUUAUUGAAGACACCAUCCCUUUACUUCAUCAUUGGACAAGUCUAAGCCCAAUGAUGGAAAUUGGACUGGACCUGGCGGCCGGCCAUGCUCAGGCACAUGGGAUGUCUGUCGUGGGUUACUAUCAAGCUUCCGAACGCUUAGAGGACAGCGCACUUGCGCCAGUAGGAGAGAAGGUCGCAGAGAAGAUCCGAGAGACGUUCAAAGAUGCAGUUGCAUUUGUGAUUGACGGCGAAAAGAUUGGCUCCGGCGACCCAGCUCUGAUACCCUAUUUGCCACAGUCAUCCUCCCAUUCGUGGAAGCCCUAUACUGCUCAAGCUGCCUUCAGCUCGGGUUCACCGUUUACAUUACAGAAUUCUGAUGCACCGUCACGAGCCAUUUCGCUCGUUCGGGACAAGAAUGCUCACCUAGACUUCGGUGAUUUCGAUGAUCAUUUGGAAGACAUGCAGUCGUCGUCACUCUCGAGCACGUCCCGAUCUCUAUUUGUAGAAGUACCGUACUACCACGCACCGAUGUCGUCCGCUAUCUAUCAAGGAACCUUUGUCCAUUGCAGGCGUCUUGGAGAGCUCGAGAUCCUCAAAAACCAUGUCAUAUGCGUGAAUGAACAGGGGUAUAUCUCCGACGUGCUAUUGGGGUCGUCAGCCGAGGCAUCGAGGCUUGUCCAAAACUCGGAUGCAACAAUUACGAAGUUGGAGGAUGGUGCUUUCUUCGUACCUACAUUCUGCGAUUUACAUCUCCAUGCCCCACAAUUCCUCUAUCAAGGCACUGGCCUCCAUUUACCCCUGAUGAAAUGGCUGGACGAAUAUGCGUUCAAGUCAGAAGAGCAGCUGGAUAACGACUCGUUGCUGGCAGAACGUGUAUACAACAAGCUCGCCCAUCGCUUACUAGAAUCUGGCACUGGAGCCGUAUCUCUUUUCGGCACCUUGAACAUAAAGACGAAUUUGAUCCUUGCCAAAGUUAUGCAACAUGCCGGACUAAGGGCUUUCGUUGGGAAGCUCUCGAUGGACAUGUCCUCGCGCCCGACUUAUAAGGAGGAUUCUGCGUUAGCUUCCCUUUCUUCUGUUGAAGAAUUCAUACAGCAGACUAGAGACUUCCUCUCUCAGUAUCCGCCACAUCUCAGACUGGUGGAACCGAUAAUCACACCGCGUUUCGUGCCAACUUGCUCAAAUGACCUCCUACAUAGCCUAGGCGACUUAGCUCAGUCACAGUCGGUCCGUGUGCAGAGCCACCUUGCUGAAGCGCGCGAGGAAGUAGAAUGGGUCAAGAGCGAGCGCCAGCUUGACGACAUCGUCGUUUUUGAACAGAGCAACUUACUAUCUUCUCAAACUAUACAAGCGCACUGUACAUUCUUACAUGGUACCGAGCUGGAAAAGAUGGCAACGUACGGUAGCUCGGUCGCCCACUGUCCUCUUUCAAACUGUUACUUUUCCGAAAAACCAUUCCCACUUCGCGAGGCUCUGUCGCGCGGUGUCAAAGUCGGUCUCGGAACAGACAUCGCAGGCGGAUACAGCGUGGACAUCAUGAACAGCAUGCGGCAGGCCGUUUCCGUGUCAAGGAUGCGCGAGGGUCUCCGAACUGUUGAGGCAGAGAUUGGUGGUGUUAGCCAGCAUCAAGGGCACCAACCACUGUCGAUUAACUGGAAAGAAGCUUUGUAUCUCGCCACGCGCGGAGGUGCUCUGGCCAUGGACCUCCCUAAGAUCGGGUCAUUCGAAGUGGGCCAAGCGUUCGACGCACAAAGUAUAAGCGUAUACACGGCAGAUGGUACAGGAGUCGGGGCCAUUGACAUCUUCGAUAAUCCUGGUGGCAUCACGGAGGAGCUUGUCGAAAAGUGGUGGUGCAUGGGUGAUGGGCGUAACAGGUUAUCUGUCUGGGUACAGGGGAAACGAGUCCGCUGA